UUUAACAUCUUCUGUAUAUUGAAUCUUAUAAUUGUUUUCUGUUUUGCUGUAUGCUUUUUUGGCAGUUUGUACAGAAUUUUGUUACUAUUACUAGCUUUUGAAAGAAUUCCAUUUUAUCUCACUGUUUUACAAUGAGGGCUCUCUUUAUUGGCGAUUCCAUGAUCAAAUACUUGCAUAAGUAUGUAUCUGUUGAAUCACUUGACUUUCAUUUGGACAUUGUUUCCUAUCCUGGUGCAACUAUUGAAAGAUUAGCUAGCAAUAUUUCUGUACACAAAAAUUAUGACUGGGUCUUAGUGCAUGUUGGCACAAAUAAUGCAUCUUUGGAUACUAUUGAAGUAAUACUUAAAAAAUAUAGAGCUUUGGCCACUGAGGUAUUACUUCAUGACCCAGGUGAAAGAAUAAUUUUCUCGAGUAUUGUUCCAAGAGAUUUUGAUUUCCACAGAAAGGAGAAUAAGGAAUCGGAGUAUUAUUUACAGACACUAAACUAUAAGGUUCGAGCCAUAAACUGUGCACUUAAAGAACUAUGUUAUUUUCAAAUGUUUUUCUUUUGCAGUUCUUUCCAGCCAUCUUGGAAAAACUAUCUUGCAAGAGAUGGCUUGCAUUUAAACAGAUGGGGUAAUAAGCUGCUUGCAGGUUGUUUUCUUGAAUCCUUAACAGGAUGCAUCUCAGCAGAUACAGCAUCUAAAAAGGUAAGCAUGAAUACGUUUUUUUUUUUUUUCUCACAAUGAUUUUAAAAAUUUAUGCAAGCCUGAAGUCGAUAAUUUAUAAUUGGUUUUUGUUUUAUUUUCGCAGAUUGCAAAGACGCAGUCUUCCAACUCUGGUUUUUCUUUUGAUGAUUCAGAGUUUCCUCUAUUGCUAUUUUUUCCCGCAGCAUUUGUUUCUUCUGCUAGGCCAAAGCAAGAGUCUGGCAAGCCAGUUUCUAGGCCUGUGCAACCUGCUAGGCCAAAGCAAGAGUCUGCCAAGCCAGUUCCUAGGCCCGUGCAACCUGCUAGGCCAAAGCAAGAGUCUACAAGGCUAAUUUCUACACCCGUGCAACAGUCAGCUGCUCUGCUGACGAAAGAUAUUUCUUCUCUGCCAUCUUCUAAAGGUAAUACUCAAUUUGUACUGCCUGUGAUCCCAUGCAUUCCAUUCAGUCAGUUUAGUGAAAAUGUUUUGGCCUAAGUGAAGAUUAGU